AAAAUAGAAACGCUUGUUCAAGACACAAAAAAAUAAUUUUAAACGGUUAUUAAGAAUAGCACAUAUAUAUAUAUCAACCAUCAUAUAGCUGAGGUUAGACUAUACUAUCUAGAGAAUACUGGGCUAAUACUGUGACUCCUUUUAACCUUUUUAUUUUGGCCAUUGAGUAUGUCUGAACCAGCAGUGAAAUUUGAAAAUGAAGUGUCGUCCAUAACAGACGAUGGAUUGAAUAACAACAAGAGACCGGUUUCACCAGGAGCUUCUGAAAAUGAACUCGAGAAGAAACCUAAAUUGAAUGGAACUUCCACGGACACCACAAAUACUUCCCCUCUUGUUGUGGUUCCAUCCACGAAGCCUCAACUUUUCUACUCAACUUUGAAAACUGGGAUUGCGUAUGACGUUCGGAUGCGUUAUCAUGCUAAGAUCUUCACAUCUUAUUUUGAGUAUAUCGAUCCUCAUCCGGAAGAUCCUAGACGUAUUUAUAGAAUCUAUAAGAUUCUUGCCGAGGCGGGAUUGAUUCAAGACUCAGCACUCUCUGGAACCGACGAUAUAGGCCCACUCAUGGUAAAGAUACCAGUGCGAGAAGCCACGUCUGAGGAAAUUCUUGAAGUUCAUACAGAAGAACACUUGAAAUAUAUCGAAUCUACCGAGUCCAUGACUAGAGAAAAACUUUUGGAAGAAACUGAAAAAGGUGAUUCUAUUUAUGUCAACAAUGAUUCUUUCCUCUCGGCAAAACUUUCUUGUGGAGGAACUAUAGAGGCAUGUAAAGCUGUAGUUGAAGGUCGUGUGAAGAAUUCUAUGGCAAUUGUAAGACCUCCAGGACAUCACGCAGAACCAGAUACUCCAGGAGGAUUCUGUCUUUUCAGUAACGUUGCCGUGGCAGCAAAGAAUAUUCUUAAAAGUUAUCCUGAAACUGUUCGUAGAAUUGUUAUUGUGGAUUGGGACAUUCAUCAUGGUAAUGGUACUCAAAAAUCAUUUUAUGAUGACCCAAGAGUAUUGUAUGUUUCCUUGCAUCGUUAUGAGAAUGGGAAGUAUUAUCCAGGAACAAAAUAUGGUAACAGUGACCAAACCGGUGAAGGCCCUGGUGAAGGUUAUUCGGUCAAUAUACCCUGGCGUUCUGCAGGAAUGCACGAUGGUGAUUACUUCUAUGCUUUUAAUAAAGUUGUCAUUCCAAUUAUUUCAGAGUUUGAUCCUGACUUGAUUAUUGUGAGUGCUGGAUUUGAUGCUGCAGAUGGUGAUAUUAUUGGAGGAUGUCACGUCUCACCCGCAGGAUAUGGUUCAAUGGCUCAUAUGCUUAAGUCAAUUGAACGAGGGAAAAUGUGUGUUGUAUUAGAAGGGGGGUAUAACUUGGAUUCUAUCAGUAAAAGUGCCCUUGGUGUCGCAAAGGUUUUGGUUGGAGAACCACCAGAAAAGACAAUCAGUUUACAACCACAUCUGGAUACUUUAGAAGUGAUAGAUGAAGUUAUAAAGGUACAAUCCAAGUAUUGGAAGUGUAUGCAACCUGGAUUUGUUAAGAACAAUUUCGAGGACUUUUAUGAUUUACCAUUAGAUGAAAAUGCACCAUUUAAGUUGACUAAUCUUGCUGAUCCAAUAAGAUCUCAACAAGCUAAUGAUUUGUUCAACAGAUACUCAUUUAUAAACAUGCCUAUAGUUUCUUCAGCUGCAACUGAAGGAAAUUCAGGAAGUUCAUUCUUCACUACUGACCUUCCUCCACAUUGCGAAGACCUAGUACUAGCAAGUCCAGAUAUUUAUAGUGCUACAACUAUUAUUGUUAGUGUUCAUGACCCUGCUGAAGUAUGGGCUAAUGUGAACCCCAAAAAUGGGGUUAUUGAAGUCAAUUCAUCUAUGAUUUUAGAACAUCCAUUGGUACAAUUAAUUGAAAAGGUAAAGAAGGAAGUUGAUAAAGAGAGCACAUCUCAACUCGGGUUUAUUGAUAUUAAUAUCCCACCAUUUAUAUUACCCGUCUCUUCUUCAUUAAAGUCAGGCACUUCCCAACCUUCUAAUUAUAACCCGACAAUUUUUGCACAAGAGUUGAUCUUGUAUGUUUGGGAUAACUACUUAUCUUACUUCUCACAAUUGGAAAAAUUGGUGUUCGUAGGAUUUGGCGACGCUUACCAAUCUAUAGUGCAUUUGUAUGCUAAAAGACCAUCACAAGAUAUUAAGGAUUUGGUUAAGGGUACUGUUGCAUUCGUGAAUCGCUCUACAUUAAAACCACUUGUCCCUGUAAUGGAUGAAUCCAUGGUUGAUUGGUAUUACCAAAAUUCUGUGAUUUUCACUAGUUUUUUGAAUCCAUGUUGGAGUGGUGAUUCUACUGGAAACGGUAGUGGCAAUGGGUCUGCAAAUGGUGGUUCAGAACCUAAUGGAUCCGAGGAAGUUUCAAAAAGACCAAGAAGAAAAUUCGGAAGAGUUUUGAGAGCAAAGUCUGAUGGACUUUGGGACAUCGUGACAGAACGAUUUGAUGAGGGUAUGGAUUUUGUUUUAGACUCCAUAGAAGACUAUAGUAGCAGUGAAGGGAGUAAUUGAGGAAUUAGCCUAAAAAGGAAAAGAAACAACCAAGAAUUAAGGUUUUUACAAAAUUCAUUAUAUACUAUCUGUAAUACUAUUAAUGUAUGUAAAUAUACUACAAAUAUAUAU